GGCUGCACAGGAAGUGAAGCAUCAGAGACAUGUUUGCUAGUUAGCCUGCAGGUUAGCACACCAGCCUUUUUGCAGAAUGGCAAACUGAAGAGUAGUAACUCUCUCCAACAGGAUUUAGCGACAUAAAUUAUAACUUAAUGGUUUCCCGGAGACGCAGUUUGUCGACUUCACAGCCAUGUCAAGCAGAAAGCGAGCCAGAGAGAGGGAGAGGGACAGGGAGGAGCACAAAAAACACAAGGAAUCAAAAGAGGAUUUGGAGAAACUCAAAUUACAGGCGAAGAAACUCAGCCAAGAAGUCCAGAAGCUGAAGCACGUCGAGACUUUCUAUGAGAAACCGCCCCCAGGACUUAUAAAGGAGAAUGAGGAAAAACCGGAGGACUGUAUUCCUGUUGCACCAGGAAAUGAAGAUGCCAGGGACUUCCUGGCACAUGCACCCACCAAGGGGCUGUGGAUGCCUCUGGGGAAGGAGGUGAAGGUGAUGCAGUGCUGGAGAUGCAAGCGCUAUGGCCACAGGACAGGAGAUAGAGAGUGUCCCUUCUUCAUCAAAGGCAACCAAAAACUGGAGCAGUUCAGAGUGGCUCAUGAAGACCCAAUGUAUGACCUUAUUCGGGAAAACAAAAGGAAUGAAAAAGAAACCAGGAUCCGGCAGCUGCAGCAGCUGCUCCAGGACACCACCUCUUCCUCCUCUGACUCAGACAGCUCCUCCUCUUCUUCCUCCUCCUCUGAGCACCGCCACAGCAAGAAGAGGAGAAAGAGGAAGAAGAAGAAGAAGGAGAAGAAGAGGAAGAGGAAGCGAAAGCACAAGUCCUCCAAAACUAGUGACUGCUCAGACUCUGAUUGAACAUUAGGAACCUGUGGCUCAUGCUGUUGUACGCCGGUGCGUUCUACUUGCUAUAAAACAGAAGGGCAGACCUGUGAAUGAGGUAGCAGCAGUAAUAGAUCUUACCUAGUGGCAAAGUGUGUUUGCUGUAGUGCACCACAGAGUGCAUUAAUAGGAACUGCACUCUAGAGACCUCUCUAUGCCUGGUUUCUACUUAUGUGUCUGUGGGUGAAGCUCUAAAAUCCUCCCAUCUGUCAUGCAUGGCUUCUCCCAUCAGUUUGAUUUGCUCGAGGGUCACCACAACUUGACAUCAUCUCUAUUAGAUCAUACAGUGUCGAAUCAUAUAGAGCAGCUGCUUAAAAAACGGGUGUACAUGAAGCGUGCUUACAUGUGUGCAUAUGUGUGUCAACAAGCAUUAAUUGCAUGGAUGAUACAGCUGAAGUGAUGUGAAAUGAGCUCAGUGGUGUAACAGAUAUAAAGGGUGUUCUUUUACAGGGUCUUACAAGAUAGCAUGUCAGCAGAUGCAGCGUGUUAUUAAGAGAUUGUAUUUUCCACCCAUACUUUUCUCCUUUGCCAUUUUGCUGGCAUUAAAGUGACAGUUCAGACUUUUACACAUAUAGAGAAUGGAGCAGCACACUCCUGGUGAUCUCGAUCUUGUGACAGGGAAGGAGUUAAUGAGCCAAACUUGGUGGAUGUACUACACUCGCAUAGACCAGGAAAUAACCACUGUAUGAGUAAAAUCUGAACUAUCACUUUAAAUACUUUGAUUGUAGACUUGUGCGAAAUGAGCAGAUGUGGAGGGAAAAAAAAGUCAAAAUUAAGCGUUUGAGUACAGCUCCAGUUUGUUUUCCACACAACCCAGAAUGUUUGAAUGCUUAGGCAUGUAUAUAAAUAUUUGGAAUGAUUUGAGGUUGGAAUAUGCAUAUUUCCUUUCAAGCGGCCCCAGAGCCGGGGCCAGAAUGUAUGUGAAUGUGUGCUCUUAUGUUGAGAAUAAAGAUGGCUCUUAUUCUCUUAAGUGUUAAGCUAA